AUGACCUUUCUGGCGGCCCUCGAUCUUAGUGGGCCCUUUUACGUGACGGGGUAUAACCUUCAUCUAUGGACGAUCUCGCAUGAGUUCCGAUGCUCGCUGGGGAUCUACUUCGUGAUCCUUGGCCUCGCGUCCGUCAAGGAUCAGGUGCGGCUGGGAAAAUGGAAUGGUAUAUUGUAA